AUGAACAUGCACGGCCUAAGUCGCUACCCCUCCAUGCCAGCCCUGGAGCCCUGGAGGUGGAUGGAUUCGUUCGAUGAUUUCGAGACAAUCGAGGUUGCUGUGGCUUAUAAGGAUCCUGCCUCCGGUGAGAUUCUGGAUGAUUUCCCGGCGAGUGCGGACGAGCUUGAGAAGGUCGAGGUGGUCUACAAGCAACUGCCAGGCUGGAAGACCUCAACUACCGGAACCAAGAACUUCGACGACUUGCCUAAGGCCGCCCAGGAUUACGUCAAGUUCAUCGAAGACUUCACUGGUGUUCCCGUCAGCGUGAUCGGCAUCGGCCCCAACCGAGAGGACACCAUCUGGAGGGACGCGAAGCAGCCCUGGGACACGUAA